AUGAAAAUUAAUUUUCUUUUAGUUACAUUUAUCAUUGAAUUACAUGUAAUAACUAAAGGCUUAGAUGUGUUACCUAUACAGAUUCAGAAUGAUAUUAUCUUUAUUCAAGAAACUAAUUCUUUAAUAUACUAAGCCUAGAGCGAUUCUACUUAUAGAUAUAGUAAUAUUAAUAAAAUAGGAGUUAUAUUGUCAACUUAUCUUUUAAAUGGAUUAAAUAAUAUUGAUAUUCAUACGAAAUAUUAUCUAGUUAAUGAUGUAAUAUACCUAUUUUACUAUGGAAUUACAUCGUAUUAGACUAUUGAUUUGAAUUUAAUGACUACUGGAUAAUCUGGGUAUUUAAAAACACUAUCAUAUCCAACUGCUACUUAUCCAUGCACAAUAUCAAAUCUUUAGAUUUAGAAUAUAGGAACACGUUUCUAUUAUUUGUGUUUUGACUCUUCAAAUAUAUUUUUGGUGCAAAGUUCCACAUUUUAAAAGUUAUUUACUACUAGUACAAAAACUUCUGGAAAGAUAAUGAAAAGUGAAAAAACCUAUAUAAUUUUAGAUGAUUAUUUGUAUACAAACGGAACUAUUUAUGACAUUUAGCUCUCGUUUCCAAAUACUUAAAAUAUUUUGUUAAUAAAUAUGUAAUGGAGCUUAUAUCUCAUAGAUGAUUACUUAACUAAAGUUCAAAUAAUAGAUUCAACAUUUAAAGAUAAUAAAUAUAUAAAAUUAAACAAUUCACCUAAUAGCAAUCUUGUUUCUGAUGUGAUAGAGUUUUAGACAAUAUUUAUUAUAAUUGCAUAUGAUUCUUAAAGAAAAGCUUUCAGGUACUUUAAUGUAGAAAAUUUAUAGGAACUUUAAUCAACAGGAGUAAACUUGCCUUUCAUAGAUUAUCAAACUUUUUUGUAGUAUCAGGAGAAGAUAUUUAUUGGUUAAUAUUCGUAUUAGAUAGCAUAUAUAUCCUCAAAUAAUUAAGUUUAAGUUACUUAAAAUCCUUAAGUAUUCUCAUAAAUAUACAAAUUACCUUACACUCAUCUUGUUAAUUAUGCUUUUUCAUAUUUUGUCACUUUUCAGGCUAUGCUAGGAUCUAAUUAGUAUUUAAUAAACAUUUACUAAGCAUAUAAUUUUUGUAUUCCUCAAUGUUAAAUUUGUGCAUCAAUGACAACUUGCUAAAUGUGUUAGUCUCCUUAUUAUUUAGAUAUCUAAUUUUAAUGUAUUGAUAAAUGCCCAAAUUAAUUUGUAUCAGAUAAUACUAAUAUAAUAUGUAUUUGCCGUCCUAAUAGCUCUUUAUAAAAUCAAGCUUGUCCCUGUAAUACAACAUUUUUUGAUUCUAAUGGGAGUUGCUUGAGUUGCCCUUAAAAUUGUCUUACUUGCACUUCUUAAAAAAAUUGCUAAGUUUGUCAAACUAGUUAUCUUAAUCUAGAUGGCACUUGUGUUUAAUCAUGUCCUAAUCAUUUUAUUAAAGAUUAAAAUAAAUGUAUCUGUCGUCUAAAUAGUACUUUACAAAAUUCAUCUUGUCCUUGUAAUGAUGGUUAUGUUGAUAUAAAUGAUAUUUGUUAACCAUGUCCGCCUAAUUGUAAAAUAUGCAAUAACCAACUUGUUUGUACAGCUUGUGCUUAAAAUUAUUAUUUGACAGUUUAAGAAACCUGUGUACUUUCUUGCCCUCCACUUUUUAUUCCAGAUGCAACGAAUACUAAAUGUACCUGCCGUCUAAACAGUAAUUUAUAAAAUUAAUAAUGUCCAUGCAAUUCUGGGUAUGUUGAUAUAAAUAAUGUUUGUAUGUAAUGUCCGGCUAAUUGUAAAGAAUGUGCAAGCUAAUCUGUUUGUAAAGUUUGUGCUUAAGAUUUUUAUUUAUCAGUUUAAUAAACUUGUGUCUCUUCUUGUCCUGAAACAUUUAUAAUUGAUUCAACCUCUACAAAAUGUGUCUGUGACGUAAACAAAAUACUGCAAAAUGGAACUUGUUCUGAUAAGUGCAACUCGAAUAAUUGUUAAACUUGUGAUAAAAAUAACAAUUAAAUAUGCACUGUCUGCAAUCCAGGAUUUGAUUUGUAUGGAUAGAUAUGCCAAUAAGUUUAUUUAAAUUAUGGUUCACAAAUUUUCUCCUCUGAUAAGAUUGAAUAAAUUCAUCAAUAAACAUAAAUAAUAUCUGAGGGAGCUUAAUAUAGCUCAAUUUUGUAAAAUUUUUUAUAAAGUUUUAUAUCUUCUUCUAGCUUUUCAAUAGCUCAAAAUUCAAUAAAUGUUUAAAAAUUUGUUUUUAUAUUAUUGGUUGAUACCAAUUUACCUUAACAAAUUUAUAGUUUGUUACAACCCUUGAAAGAAAAAACACCAUCUCAAUAAAUGAAGUAUUUAAAUUUAUUCUAAAGUGCUGCUCAUGAGAGUUAAGUUUAGUAUUCCUCUGCCAGAUUUAAAUCAGCAGAUCUAGCUUCUUAUAUCUUAUUAAAUAAUGGAACAGGGAUAAUCUUAUUUAUUAUUCUUAUGAUUAGCAUGACUCUUUCUUUUAUUUUAAUUCAAAAAGUCAAACACAAAAAUGUUUAAUACAUAUGCAAAAAGGCUUAUGAAAUAAUAAUUUGUUCUUUAAUAAUUUAAUACAUACAGAUUAGUGUAUUUAUUUUAGUAAUUGGAAUUAAUUCCUAAUUGAUUUACUAUAUCAAAGGUUUAUCUGCUUUUGAGUUAGGUGUAGAAAUUACUUUUUUAAUAAUAUCAAUUAUGAUUACAGCAGUAUUUUAUUAUAAAAUAUAUUUCUAUCUCAACACCAAAUCCUUUUAAAGCAGCAAUAAAAUUUUCUUUGAGAUAACUAAAUAAAAAAUAGAAAACAAUACUCGUAAAACUUCUAAAUUAAGUAAAAACUUUAUUUUAAUAUAUUUAAUAACUGAAACACUUAUUAUACCUACCUGUUUUAUACAAUUGAGCUAAAAUUACUUUGCUCCUUGUAUAAUAGCAAUUACUAUUUCUAUGGUUUAACUAGUGCUUGUUGUGUACUCUAUGCCUUUCUAAUCUAAAUUAACAAAUGCAUACUUCAUAGUUAACUAUAUAUUAUGGAACUUUUUUUAUAUUUUUUUCCUAAUUUUGGUAAUGUAUAGUUAAAAAAAGGAUAUUAUAUAAUACAGAGAUAUUAUAGAUAUAAUUAGCUACAUAAUUAUAAUAAUUAUCCUAACAAUACUAAUUGAAUAACCUAUUUAUUUUCUUCUGCUAAUAAUAACUAAACUAUAUCAUUAUUUCAAGUAAAAAUCUAAAGUAAAUCAGGAACUGGAGUUAGAAUAUUUCUAGAAAAAAUCUUAGCAUUCAUUAGACUUAUAAUAAAAAUUCCUUUUUUACCCUAAGUAACAUCUAAGCCGAAAGGUAAGAGAAUCUUUUAGUUAAUUAGAAGUAAGAUAUACGAAUCAAUUAUAUAAUUUGGCUUUGAAAAAAAUAUGGAUUAAAAGUGGUAAUUAAAAUUAAUAAAUUAAUAAAAACAUUUGA